AUGGCCGGCACAUCCAACGUCAACGCAGCCAGCGGCGGGCCGCCUGAAUCUUCGACCCGGCCUGAGUUUCGCAAAGCGCCCACCGAUGUCAACCGCAUACCCGGCUCAGCGGCGUCCAUGAAGGUGCAAGAGCGUCUCAAGGCCGACCCUACCCUCUCAACCUCAGCCUCUGCAUCGACCUCCUCAGCCGAAUCCCCCACUCCGAGCCGGAUCCUUUCCUCCGGUCUGCGCAGCAAAACAGCAAUUCAAGCAAUGCAGCCCUUCCUUGACUCGAGCACCAACGCAGACUCGCCGAUACAGCCAACCGAUAUCCAGCUGCUCACCACCUCCAUUUUGUCGAAUCAAGAGCGCCAGCGCGUCAUCCUGUACUACCAAGAGCAGCUCAUCGACUCACAACCUUCGUUGCCGCAGCUCAAGAAGGCUCUUCUCUUCCUGUCAUCUUCGUCUUGGGGCCAGAUUCUCGAAGAGCGCAAACUUGCGGGUAAAUGUGCCUACCCUCCGUGCGACAACGCUUCGCCUUCCACCGGCAAAAUGGGGUUGGGGCGGGGCAAAUUCCGGAUCAAUUUGCGCAACAAGUCGGUGAAAGCGGUGGAGGAUCUUGAUCUGGGCGAGGCGGGGAAUACGUACGAUGAUUUGAGAGAUUACUUUUGCAGCAAGGCAUGCUAUGCGAGGUCGGAGUGGAUCUUGCGCUGGGUGUUGUCGGACAAAGAGAUUGGGUUGUUGGAUGGCGAGCCCGCAAAAGGUGGAGGAGCGUUAGGUGGGAAGUGGCAGAAGCUUACGAGUCAAUCGGUGGCAGCUGGAGGAUUCGAGCUGGUCGAGCUUUUGGAGGAUAUUGAACGCGAGCACGGCGUGCACUUCGAUAACGGCGAGCAGGAUACUAAGGGGCUAUUGGACAGCGUGCCGGCUUCGACAGAUCUCGUGACGGCGACGAGGACAAAUGCCGUAGAGGCGAAGAAGGAAGUUGCGGGGAUAUCGAACCUCUUAGGGGAUCUGACGAUCAUCGAGCGGACCAAGACAAACGGUACGCCCGCACCUUCAGCAUCAUCAACCACAGCAGCAGCAGCAGCAACCGUAGCAGCAAGCGACGUCAAAACAGCCCUUCCCUCCAGAACACCCUACACAGUCGACGUCCCAAACACCCUCGGUCAGCGCUUCAAUCCCGCAUCUACUGACUCCGCCGCCAACCCAACCUCGUCAGCAACCGAGGACGAUCUCGAGGAUGACAUUGAAACACGAGAACGCGAACUCUCCCACAUCCUGCGCUACGCCUCGCUCGCUACGGGCUCCCGCCGUCCCCGCCGUCCCCUCACCAAGAACUCUACGAUCCAGCUCACCUCCGCCGCCUUGCCAGCAGCAGCGGCCGCGGGUGCAGAGAGCGCCAGAUCCCCUGCCGGCUCUCAAGGCCAUCGCGGAGAGGUGGAAGGGGACGGCAGCGCAGACGAAGAGGAAGACGAACCGACCAUCGAUCCGAAACAAGCCGCAGAGUGGGCCGAGAUUCGACGCGUGAUGAAUCUGGCGCUCGAUGUAAGGCGCGAGCAGCGCGAGCAAGGGUUGUUGGACUGA